AACCCAAGCGGCUUCGUUCUCUGACUCAUCUCGUCGCCAUCGCUUUAUUCUAUCAACUCUCCUCUCUCCAGAGCCAAUCUCUCUCCAUCUCUUUCUUUCUCUCUGGUUGACCCAGAAAAUUUCUCUUACAGACGCACGGAUCUCUUCUCGAAUCUGCGAGAUCGGUUCAUUUCGCACAUCAGUUGAACAAGAUCCAAAGGUAAAUUCCCUUCUCUAGGGUUUCGGAUUGUGCUUUGCUCUGGUUCUCAGAUUCUCAUCCGAUCCAGCCUGAUUUCGGAUCAGAAGCUUUCGUUUCGGAUCUAGUAGUCUGUGCGCACGUUUCCGUGUCUCCGAGUUGGCGUAUGCUCUGUCUGCUGAUCUGGUUUGGUUGUGUUUCCGAGUAUAUAUUUUGCUGAUUUGAAAUGUCGUUGCUCAAAGACGACUCGAUUCUGAUUCGUGAGGUUUGGAACGACAACCUUGAGGAAGAAUUCGCGUUGAUCCGUGAUGUUGUCGUUACCUGCAGCUACGUAGCCAUGGAUACCGAGUUUCCUGGUGUGGUUUUACGCCCUCUCGGGCCUUUUAAGAACAUCUCGGAGUAUAACUAUAAGACACUCAAGGAAAACGUCGAUAUGCUGAAACUGAUCCAACUCGGGCUUACUUUUUCUGAUGAAGAUGGGAAUCUUCCCACUUGUGGGACAGAUAAGUUCUGCAUCUGGCAGUUCAAUUUCCGCGAGUUCAAUCCCAGCGAGGACAUCUACGUGAACGAAUCGAUCGACCUGUUGCACCAGUGUGGGAUCGAUUUCAAGAAGAACAACGAGAAGGGGAUCGACGUGAAACGCUUCGGCGAGCUUCUGAUGUCGUCUGGGGUUGUUUUGAACGAUGCCAUGCGCUGGGUGACCUUCCACAGUGGAUACGAUUUCGGGUAUCUGCUGAAGCUGUUGACUUGCAAGGCUUUGCCAGUGAAUCAGAUCGAAUUCUUCACUCUCCUAAACAUUUACUUCCCCGUGAUUUACGACAUCAAGCAUAUGAUGAAGUUCUGCAACAACCUCCAUGGCGGGCUGAGCAAGCUGGCAGAGCUGUUGGAGGUGGAGAGAGUCGGGGUUUCCCAUCAGGCCGGGUCAGAUAGUUUGCUGACAUGGUGCACGUUUAGGAAGCUGAAGGAGAGCUUUUUCAAGGGCUCGAUGAAGAAGUAUGCCGGAGUCUUGUACGGUCUAGGCGUCGAGAACGGUCAGAAUGCUUCUGCUAACUGAAAGAAGAAUAGAGAGUUCCUCAAGUGUCUGUGAGUGAAUACAAGACAAUAGGUCAUGUUGAUUGUAUACAUUGGCAAAGAAUAUGAUUGGGUUAGUUGUGAUUGCGUCUGUGUUUUGUUUCAGAAAAGAAUAGAAAAACCUCUGAUCAAAUUGGGGGGUUUUGUAGAUUGAGAGUCUCUGAAUGUAUAUCAAUGCAGCCUAGUGUUUUCAAUAAACUUUGUCUCAAUGUUCUGUUCCAAGAGACACAACCUCACAU